AUGAGUUUAACACGGAAAGUGAGAAAUUAUAAAGAAGCGAAGGAGAGUCUAGACGCAAAGUACUUAUCUCUUUUAGACGAAAACAACAAAGAAUACACCACUGAAGAUGAGGAGUCGUUCAAUCUCGAUAUAACUAAGGCAGUAGGGCUUUUGGUGGAGAUGGAUAAGAUUUUCUAUCAUUUUAAUGCAUUGAAGUCAUACUUGGACAUAUCGAAAACACACUUGACAGAAGAAGAAAAAAAUUUAGUUUAUGACAUGAGCAAGUUUCAAGAACGAUUGGAAAAAAAGAUGCCAAUUCCAGAAAUCUUCACUUGUGUUCCUGACAUGGCUAUUCUAAGACGUGAAUCCCGUGAAAGUGCAAAAGAAGCUGGGAAGGUUGCAUUUCAAAUCGAACAGUCCAAUCUGACUUCCACCCCG